UUUUUGACCAACUAAAUACUUCCGGUCGAUUGCACUUCCUUUGAGGAUACCUGUGUGCGGCUGCAAGGAUAGUCCCAAUGCUGGCAACCAGAGCCCUGAGUCUUGUUGGCAAACGUGCCAUUUCUACAUCUGUUUGCUUACGCGGCAGUCAUGGUGUCGCAAAAGUGGAGAGCUACACUCUCCCUGCCUACUUUGACACGCGGGAGAACCCCCUUCCCGAUGUCAAGUAUGUGCAGGAACUGAGCACAGAGCAGCAGUCGCUCAAGGAGAAGGAGAAAGGCUUAUGGACCGACCUCUCCAAUGAGGAGAAGAUCGCAUUAUAUCGCAUAAGCUUCAAGCAGAGCUUUGCUGAGAUGAACCAGGGAUCGUCUCAGUGGAAGACUGUGGUUGGUGGGAUCUUUUUCUUCUUUGGCCUCACUGGGUUUGUGGUGUUCUGGCAGAGGAAGCAUGUGUAUGGACCAGUUCCUCCCACAUUUGAGCUUGAGUUCAAGGAGAAAGAGCUGCAAAGGAUGCUGGACAUGAGAAUGAACCCUGUGGAAGGCUUGUCAUCAAAGUGGGACUACGAAAACAAGCAGUGGAAGAAGUAACGAGCAACCAGACCAUGUCUCACAUUCAAAAUCAAAAGCAGACCAAUGGAAAGAUCCACUAAUGCCUGCAUUACUGUAUUGAUUAUCCAUCCACAUUACCUCAGUGUAUGGUCAUUGUGGAAGACCUCUUCCUCCUAUGUUCAUUGUAUAGUACAGAAAUAAAAUCAAUCUAAAAAUAUGAA